GGUGUCCAGAAUAUGAAGCCCAGAUUAAAGCAAACUUCAAGUUAAAAGCUGGGCACAUACUUACUGAUUUGCUAUCAAAAGUUCUUGAAAAAAACAAGAGGCCUAGGUGGAUUCUACCUGAAAAUUGGUAAAAGUUAGUUGACCAUUGGGAAACAGAUUCGAGGUUCAAGCAAAUGCUUGAGAUUGGCAAGAAAGCUAGAGCAUCUCUUAAGGGUGGUUCUUUACACACGAGUGGAGCUCAGAGUCGGGGAAAUGUAAGGAGAAAACUGGAAAAGGAACUUGGGAGGCCAAUAACUCAGGCUGAGGCAUUCAAGGCUACACAUACAAGAAAGAAGAAAACUCCUGAAGAUCCUGAUGUUUGGGUUGAGCCACGAGCUCAGCUGACCUAUAUUCAGAAUCUAUAUCUGCAAUGCAUAGAGGAUUUUCGCCAAACUCUGGUAGAAGAUAGGCGAGACCUACCACUUAGCCAAGAGCAAAAUGAAGGAAUAUGGUUAGAUGCGGUUGGUGGCCCUAGUAGGUAUGGAUAUGCUUAUGGAUUGCCCCAACGAACCUUUCAUGAAUUUCAUUCGGAACUUGAAGGCCUCGGUAGUUUCCAGGAUGAUGAGUCAAGAGAGACGAUUUUGGCUUUGAAGCAGCAAAUAGCUGAGCUAUCUAGCGAAGCUAAGGCCUCGCAGGUUAGGGAAAGACAAAGAGAUAUAUAGUAUGAAGGAAUGAAGGCCCAAUUCGAUGCAUUACUUGCUUCAGGGGGAUUCCCCCUUCUCCCGGUAAUGUAGUGCGCCCUCCUCGACCUCCACAGUCUCUACCUAUUUCACAUGGAGUAUAUGGUCAAUAUAGAGAUGUUACUGAGGAGCCCAACAGUGAUGAAGAUGAUGAGGUUACUAUGUAGACAAUACACCGCUGCGUUGUUAAAGUUCAAUAUUGUCUAUAUAAUCCAAACUAUAUAUUUUAUGGUGGUUUAUUUGAAUUCUUAGGUGUUUUUGAAUGCAUUAAAACUUUAAAGUAGUA